CUUUCUUACCCACAUUCCCAUUCAUGAUGCCUGAUUUUAAGCAAAAUCAGAACUUCUCCCAAUUUGGCCCCCAUGGAUUUUCUUCAGCCAGUUUUCCUUUUUCUCCAGCAACAUUUCCAUUCCCUGAGCUAAUUGACUUCUUUCAUUAUGAUGACUUUAAUCAGUUACAUCCUUUCAUGAAUGAUCUUUUUGGUGGAGAUAUAACUACACCCUACUUUGGAUUUCCACCACCAUUUUCCAAAUACAGACCUAUGAAGAAUCGUAGUGGCCCAGCAAAUGAACUUCACAUUCGAUUGGAAGAAUGUUAUGAACAGUGGCGGGCUUUGGAAAAAGAGAGAAAAAAGACUGAAGCUGAGCUUGCAAGAAAUUUUCCUGGAAAGCGAGUGUCCAGUUCAAACAAUACUCCUAUACCUCGUCUGCCUUCCAACCCCUCAAGAGUAGAUCGUUUAAUUGUUGAUCAGUUACGUGAACAAGCAAGGGUCUUGACUCUGUUUGGCAAAAUGGAACGUCUCCAAAGUUCUCCAGUUCAUGCUAAUAUAUCUACAACUCUUGAUUGCCAUUUGGAAGCUAUUCAUGUUACGCAAGCACGUCGUAAAGAUGAAAUAAUUAAUGCUGCAAAUCGUCAGAGACAAGGAGCACCUCGCUAUAAUGAUGACAAGGAUGUUUUGGCCCUGGCAGCUGCCAUUAAGGAUCUAACCAUUUCAACACGAAAGGCUCGCACUGCCCUCUGGUGUGCACUGCAGAUGACCUUGCCAAAAAUUUCCCUGGGGGCUUUGGUCAAGCAUAUUGAAAUUGAAAAAGCACUAAAGGAGUUGUGUCAAGGAGGUGCUAUCAAAAAUGAAGAUGAAGUGUUCAUUGAAGAGAAAAAGAUGAAGUCUGAAUCGGUUCAUACUGGAUGUGCAUCAAUAAAGGGAGAAGUAUGCUAAAAACAAAAGUGAUGGCUUAAAAUGCAGCUCCUGUUGUGAAUUGUGUUAUGGAAUAUUUCAAACUGUCGGUGGAGUCUUCAAAGUAGUAUUGCUUGCAUUGUGUGAAUUCUAAGAUUAACAGUAAGCCACCAGUUAAAUAAUUUGGUAAUCUGAGUGGUAAAGGGAAAGUUGCAGUCUGAGAAGAGAUUGGAAGAGGAAUAUGGAAAUUAAUAACUUGGGUUAUCAGUGUCUGAGAAAAUCUGAAGUAUCAUUUUUAAUAAUUUCUGUAAAAAAAAAAGUCACAAAGUUUGUUUGCAGCAUUGAGCUAUUUCUGCUGCUUUGGGAUUUUGGCAGAAUUUCUAUUUGAAGCUUAGACUUUAUUGUACAUCAUCAGAUGAUAACCAUGCAGUUCAGAAGAUUGCACCAAAUCUUGUGUGGAAGUGAAGAGGAAUUAAAUAAUGCUUUUUUUUCUUAUUUCUGAAAUAAGAAUUUGAAAUUUAGUGAAUGAGAAAUGAAAUACUGAGUUUCUGUGACAAUGCAAAGAAUAUAUAGUACUGUUAGUAAUUUUAUGUAUUACCUAUUUGGGCUUGGUUUUGUCACAGUUGAGAUCUUUAAAAAGAAACCUUUUGUCAUUUACACUAUUUUCUAAAAGGCAGUAUAAUUUUUCCUACAUUUGGGUUUUUGAAUCAAUUAAUGAAUUUUUUUUCAUGUUUUACAAUUAUGUAGUAUAUUCUUAAUUACUGCUUUAGAUUAUGGAAGAGUUAUUGGAAACUGCAAAAAAGACUGAUCAGAUUUGAUAAGUGCCAAUGACUGAGACACAAAAGAAAAUUAAUUGAACUUGAAGAAAUAAUGUACUAAAAUCUGCUGGAAAUGCUUAGUUGAUAUAUUCAAUGUGGUAUCUUCCACUCUAACUGACAUUCUGUACAUUAUUAUAGAAUAAUGUUCUUAUUUUUAUUUGACAUAUAGCUUAUUCAAAUCCUAAAUUUAGGCUAGGUUCUGGAACUUCAGGGCAUUAGUCCAUUUUCCAUGGUGUUGUUUCACUUUGCUAAAGAGGAGUGAGGAAGCUUAGAUAUUUUAAAACAAUGGUUUUAAAAUAACUGAAUACUUGCAAUCAUUCCUGAUUAUCUUUAACACUGCUUUCUGAAUUGUUGAAUAAAUCACACUAUAAUAACAUGUAAUCCUCAGAACCAAAAACUGGAUUACUUGGUAAAAGAGAUCUUGCCUAUUCAAUCAGCUAACAGUAUUUACAUAACUCAUAGUUAAGACAUUGCAGCGCUAUAGGAUAUAUUUAAUAGAUCGAUUAAAUUGUUUGCUCAAAGAAGCUCAGUUAUGUGCUUGUGCAUCCAAGAACAUUUUAAUUACUUAUGUCAAGUACUUAAAAGUAGUCAUCCAGUUUUUAACUUGGUAAGUAAGUUAUUCGGUUAUCUGGCUCUUUUCAGAGAUAAACAAACUGAAGAACCUCUGCAUGUGGCUUUAACACAGACAUUUAAAGGUGCGUAAGUAUUUUUUGUUAGCCUAAGGACUCAGUUCACAAAUAGAUGCAUUAAUUUAGAUAGGGAUGUUAUUAUGAACAUCAAUUUUCCAGAAUGUAUCUAAUGAUGGUUAACAGCCUGUGAAACCUAUGUAGCAUUUACAGUUUACUCAUGAUGAAAAAUUCUGCUGGAAGUCUUGGCUUCUCAAAAUAUGUUUUAUGUUUAAGCUUCCUUCGAGUGAAUAGUGUGAUUACCACACUUUUCAAUUCUUCAUUAGUCAUGGAUCAUAGACAUGGGUGGUCCAUUGUGCAAUACCAGCCAUAAAUUGCUGGUAGGCCUUUUAAUUAACUGUGGGACCAUAACAGUCAAGCCUGAUCCUGUGCUUAAUCAUAUGCACAUCCAGCAGCAGCCCCUAGAUUGCAGCCAGCAGUGACCUAUAUUUUUAUUUUUCCUUGUCAUAUAAGUAGUACUGGGAUUGGUGUUCAACUUUGUACCAGGUAUAAAGGCGACCUGUUAAAGAAACUGAUGUAUUUUAAAUUUUCAUUUAAACCAAUGCUGUUUUUUUUUACCUGGAUGAGCGGUUGAUAAAUACUCCUGAACAUUUUUUCAGUGCUUUUGGCUUAUGACUAUUCUGUGAUAUCCAUUUGAAAACUAGCAAAACUUUUAAAGUGUGCUGUCAAAAAUGUGGUUAUUCUAGUAAUUUAGUUGUAAUUGGGUGGGAGAAGUAAUGGCAUGAGGAGAAUCUUUUAUUUUCUUCCUACAAAUAUAGUUUGACCUAAUAUUUUAUAUGUCUGAGUGCUUUCUAUCAUAUUUUGAUUUUUUUUUGUUAUUAUUUGGGUCAAGGAGCCCAAGAAGAAUUUGUCACUUACUUUUCUAAUUUCACAAAUUUGAUUACACAGUAACAAUCUUAAUUGACAGCUUUCUCUCCUCAACCAUAUAGUUUUUAUAGUGGACUUCACAUUUUGCAACAUGUCUCAAGGAAUCUGCAGCUGGCCUGGCUUAAUCUGCUUGACCUAAUGGUACAAUUCAUUUUCUAAAUAAUUUAAACUAACUAAAGCACUGUAUUGCUGAGAAGAGGGCAGUGAAUAUUUAAGAUCUAAAAAUGCAGUGUUGGGGAAAAGAAAUAUGAAUUUUGUUAACUCUACCUCCAUUCUUCUAAUACUCAUUAUUCUGCCUGACACCUAACACCUACACUGAUGAAAAUGUUAUUGAGGUUCCAGAAAUAGCUCCCAACUUUUGAAAGAUUUUACUAGAUAUUUCCUUGAAAAUUGCUGUUGAACAGAAGUCAUAUUUGCUAUUAUUAUCAUGUAUAAAAAUUAGAAAUGGUCACUUCAAAUGCAAAGCCCCAUAAAAGUCAAAAGUUAUGGAAACCUUCUUGAUAUUAUUUUUGACAGGAUAUGCAGUGAGAAGAUUGUUAUUUGCACUUUUAGAAAAAUUGUAAGUGCAUUUAUGUACUUGCACUGUUACAAAUGGCAGAGGAAACCUUUCAUCAUUCACCUAUCUUUUUUUGCAAAUAAAUUCUGGUGUCAUGAUACGUUAUACACUUAGGAAUAGCAAUAUGGGACUUGUUUGCAAGUUUUACUUGAUAGGGCAGAGAAAAAAAAUAAAGUUAAAACAGUCCACAGCAAUUUUUACCAUCAUACAAAUUAGGCCUAUUUUCAAAUAAAUCUUUUCUGUUGAAUGUUGGUUAAGUGACCAAUAGCAUAUUUCUAUUAUUCUGUACUAAUAAUCUAAUACACUUAAACUGCCCCAGUUUGGAACCAAUGCGCCCCAUCUAAAAUGAUUUUUUUGUUAUUCUACUAGAUAUAUAAUUUUUAUCAAGCUUGGUUGCUAAGGAGGUUGAAAAUAGAAAACUGGGUGACAGCUUUCCUUCACUAUGUUUUAAAAUAUCUCUGAAGUGGGAAUGUGGGAUCUCAGAGCAAAAGCUGUGCUGUUUUGAAUAACUUAUUCACCAGAAUCCUUUUUGUUACUAUUUGUGCAUAAUUAGAAUUUGGUCUUGACCAGAUGAGGUAUUUGUGACACUUAUAAUCUGCCCUGCUGUGGAGGAAUCCAUUCAAUCUGAAAUUUCCCCACAGUGCAAGAUUUGUAAUGUGGGCACCAUCGCUGCUUUUCAGAAUCAAAAUCCUGAAUGAGUGUGAGUGCUACAUAACUUGGAGUAAUUUUAGUUCGCCUCUUUAACUUGUGCAAAAUAACAAUGAUUAAGAAAGAGAAAGAAAUGUUACUCAGGAUUAGUUCUUAAAUUUACUAACCCUCUGUGGUGGGGAAUAUAAAAGUAGGACCUAUAUUUGAUCUAGCAUGCACUUAAUGAAGAUAAAAUUGCUUUUUGUAAUAUCAGUUAAAAGAUUAUACUUUUUAAAGCAUUCCAUAUUUAUUUUAAUAUUGAUUCAAUUUUAAUUUAAAUUCAGAUUUAGUAUCUAAUGUACUGUAUUAAUGGGAUUAUUCUUGCCAAACCUUCACAAUAAUCAGAUUAACUGUUACUCAGGAAAUAUAUAUUUAAUAUUUAGUUUUUUGGGUUGUAUGUGCAAAGUAUUUUCCACAAAUCUAACUAUGUACAGUACUAGGUUACCAAAGCUAUUUUUGUUUAACUGAUUUAUUUCUAGAAUUCUGGAAACCAUUUUGUGACUAUAGAGCUAGUGAUAUGCUGGUCUUCAUACAUGGGCUUAGACAAUCAAAAGUCUUGCGUCUUAAAGCUUUGUGAAUUUAGAGAAGGAUUAAGAUAUUUAUACAACUAUUAAGAUAGGUCAAAAAUUCUAAUUUUUUUCAUCCAUAUGACACUACACUGUUGUCAAUGCUUUUAACAAAAUUUACCAUGUGAUCUUGUUUUUGUAAAAUGGUAUUAUAAAACCAGGUAGUAUUCAUAGUUGUUUGUAUUUGGGAAGAUUAGCUCAGGGAGGAAUCUCUUUGGGACAAUGUUAACUGUCAGAAAUUAUAUUUGAAGGCAAAGUAGUAGCACCUAAGAAACUUAUUAGUUUUGCAUAAGCAUAAAAUUAUAUAAAAAAGGCAGCAUUGAUAUUCUUUGGUUUUAAUUCUAUGACCGAGGUCUGACCAUAGCAACCAGUAAACAAUUAAAUUGUUCAAGAAGCAAGUCUUGAAUUUCUUCCUAUAGGCAACUAGAUAUUAUAAUUUCAUUUAACAUUUUUAAAAGUUUUCUAUACACAAUACAUUUUUCUAGAACUUUAAGCUUCAUUUCCUAGGCAGUAAAUAUAUGUAAAACUGUUGAUCUUUGAUUUUAUUUCUCAAAUAUACAUCUAAUUAAACCAGAUGGAAUCAUUUCAAAUCAUAAAUAUAUUUCAGAUGUUUAUAUACAUGCAGAUCAUGGCUUAUGCUAAGCUUUCUUUCAUGAGUUGUGCAGUAUAGAGAGAUUUAGAUCUAUUUGUGAGUAGAUCAGGUGUAACAGGUUAUAAAGACACAUGAUUUGUUGAUGACUUUAUAUCAACACAAAUCAAUCAAUGAAAGUAAAUUAUAGAGUCAUGGAUUAUGGUUAACAGAUAAUGUCUCCAAGUGCUCAUCCAGCUACUUUUAAAUGUGAUGAGGAUUUCUUCCUCCACCACUAUUUCAGGGAGUGAAAACCAGACCCCUAAAAUUCACUGGUGAAGAAGGUUUCCACAGCCUCCCUAUAAUCCUUCAAAUCUAGGUGUUGCCUUUUCUGUAAAGAAAAUAGGUCCACGUUUUUUCUUGCUUUUUCUUCCUUAUAACUUUAUAUGUGUCAAUUAAAUCUCCCUUAGUCUCUUCCAAAGGAAAUAUCUCUGACCUAGUCAGUCUCCAGAGUGAUUAACCUCUAGCCCUGGGUGCUUCCUCUGCACUCUCUCUAGUGUUAUCACGUACUUCUGAAAGUGUGGUGACCAGCACUACAUGCAGUACUCUGUAUAUAGACUGGAGUUUAUACAGUUCCAGCAUAAUACUCCUCAUCUUACAUUCUAUGCUUUGAUAAAUGAAAUUACUAAACAUGCUGCCUUAAGCAAUUUUGUUUACCUGAUUUGCUGCUUCUGGUGAUCUGUGAGCAUGCACCACAAGUCUUAGAAUCUGCCAUUUAUUAUAUCUACCGCCGAUGUUUGCUCUAUCCAAAUAUAUUAUUUCAUGCUUCUCUGGAUUGAAUUCCAUUUACUACCUAAUCAGUUCAUUGAUAUCUUCCUGUUGCAAAGAACUUUCUUGCUGUGUUCAUCAACAUGGUUUUAAUCAAUGCCCCUAUAUUAAAAUUCAAGUCCUUUUAAUUGUACUUCCUUUUCAUCUUUUUCUGAUUAAUCCUGAUUGAUAUGUUGAACAUUGUUAACCCUUUCUAAAACCGAGAUGUGGCAUCCUCCUCAUACCUCCCCGUAAAGACGGUUUGUUCAAAAAUAAUAGUAAUUGCACUUUAAAAGUAAUUCAUUGAAUAUAGUGUUUUGGGAUGGCCUAAAGUUUUGAAAGAAUAUAUUACAUAUAAAUCAAUACAAAAUUCUUUUUUUUACAUUCAGGGUUAUGUAAAACUCCACUAAGAAAUUGAGUAUUGACAUUGAUUUUAUUUUUGACAAAGGAAAAUGUAGUUUAAUAAAUUCAGUUAAUAAUUUAGAAAAUUAAAGGAAGGUAGUGCAUGUUCUGAAGCUUUCCUUCCAUCAAAUAUAAUCUAAUUCAUUUGUAUCAUUCACAAAUAACUAUAUAAAUUCUAACUGGAAGGUGAUUAUAGUGUGCACAUUUUGAUUUUGGUUAAAUCUAAUAAAAUAAUUGUUUAUACACUGAACCCUCAUCUUAAGUGUGGCUGUAUGGCAUUGGCCAUGCAGAAAAUAAUUGCUACAAUAAUUCAAAUUUCCGAUGUAUAAAAAAAAGUUCACUAUAGGUUUUAUUUAUAUCAUCAGUCUUGGAGGGUUUUUUCAUUUUAUUACAUUCAUUAUCUCCAGCUAUUGGAAUUUCCAAUGUUCUCUUGCUAACCUACAGGUUUUUGUGUAAAACUGAGAAUUUUCUGCCAAAUCCUCAAUGAAAAUUUUUUAUUGCAUUAAUAUUGUAAAGACUACAUUCAUAAUUUACCCAUUUACUAACAAAUAAGUAUCAAUUUAUUUUUCAUAUUGCACCAGUUUUAUUUGAAUGUAACCAUUAGGAUUAUUUAGAAAAAGCAUUUCUAUUUUCAAAAUUUAGAGAUCACAAAUUCAAUUUUUGGAAACAUUUCUAGGAAUAUAUUCAUUACUUGCAAACAAGCGAAUAUAUUUACCAUACUGGUUAAUCUGAUCCACACAUGAAAUUGCACAAUAAUUUUGAAAAGAAUUUCAAAAUCUACAGAAAUCAUUGCUGCCUUUAAUAAUCUAGAAUACAACAUGCCUUUGUAUAAUAGGUUUACAGUUCUCAUUUUUGGUAUAAAUUUUAUGGGAAUAGUUUGCUACAGAUUUUAAUGAAGCAUUAAAGCCGCACAGAAGUAUUUAAAUGUGCGACGACAUGACUUAUGUAACGAAGGGAAUAAAAGAUGAUUUGCUCGAA